AGGGUGGGUGGGAGCCGCUGACUCAUCCUCCCCCCCCCACGGGCAGGGGGUUCGGAGCGCGGAGCGAGGGGCUGCAUUGCAGACCCGGCAGCGCCUGCAGACGACAGCGACAUCGCGACAUCGCGACAGCCACCGCUGCCCAGGACAAAGACCCCGGCCCACCCCUCACCCACCCCCACUCUGCACAGCUGCUGAGCCGGCCCGGAGCGAGGGAGGCCCGAAGAUGCUGGACACCAUCAGCAGUCAGUACGACUCCUUCAUCUACUGGAGGAUGCCCAUCCCACGGCUGGAGCUGGAGGAGCUGGAGGGCUUGGGUUUGGGCGAGGUGACCCUCUACAAGCCCAAAGGAGGGCUGGGCAAGCUGGGUGGCCAGCGGGGCCUCCUCAGCGGGGACAUCCCCGAGGAAGAAGAAGAGGAAGAGGAGGAGGAGGAGGAGGAGACCCUGCUGCAGUUCAACAGCUUCAACUUCUGGAGAGCUCCCAUCGCCACCAUCAGCUCCUUGGAUUUCGAUUUAAUUUGAAGCUUUCCCCUCCUCCCCACCCCUCUUCUCCUCGUCCCCCUCCCCAUCCCCUCUUUGCCUUCGGUUUUCUUCUCCCUUUGGCUCUAGUUUUGUUUUUUUUUUUUUUUGGGUUUGGUUUCUGGGUGACGUUGUGGAUUGACCCAGCAGCUCCCCAAAAAGCUUAGGGGCUCCCCACAAACCUCUCCUCCACCUUCUCCAUCUUCCUUCCCCUUCUUGCAGUGAUGCUGGAAGCAGGGGGGGGACAGAGCACGGGGGGGCAAAGAAACCCCCACCCCAUUGCACCCCAGCAGCCUCUUCAGGAGGUGUCCAGGGGGGGUUCUGCUCCGUCCCCACGCUGGAGCUCGUUUUUCCUCUGCUUUUUUAAGAAACUCAUCAGUGCAAAGGGAGCGGUGCCGGGCUGGUGGGAAUCGACGUGAGCUUGGAGCUGGAAGGUGGAGAAUUUAGGUUGAUCUGGUACCAAAAUGAGAAAGAACAGCCUGGUUCCCCACCUAACUGACCCCUUUAAAAUUCAUCAGGGGAAAACCAAACCCAAAACGCUGUGUUGGCUCCAAAUGGAAACCUGGAGUUCCCCCCCGGGGAGUUUUUCACCUUCGCUGUCUGCAGGCUGAGGGUUAUUUUUGAGCGUCAAAAAAAAAGGAAAAAAAACCCCAACCCAACACCGGAUAAGUUUGGGUUUUCAAACAAUUUUUUUUUUUUAAUUUUUCCCAAGCAGGAUUUUCUGGCAAAGUGAAUAUAAGCAGUUUGUCUUCCUGAAUGUGGAUUUCUGGGGGGUUUCACUGGGGGGAAGUUGAGCAUCCCUAAGAGUUGGGAGGGCGAGGCUGAGGCAACGUUUAAAAGCACCCCAAAAAAAGGCAAAUAUUGGGAAAAAACUGCGUUCUAGAAUGGAAACGGGAGCUCAGUUCUCCUGGAACCUCCAGAAAUGCCCCAGCCUGCUGACCUGGAACCACCCGUGUGAAACCAGAGGGGAAAAAUGUAAACUGCCCCAAUGCAGAGCUGCUUGAUUUCUGUUCCCAGCCGGGAAAACCCGCAAGAGGUUAUUUAUUUAUUAUGAAACUUUAAAUAAAAUUAUUUGAAGAGCGU